AUGUGGACACCGCCAUUGAACUUCAUCAGCCUGCACUAUGCGUACAUUCUGAGCUUGGGCCUCUUAGGCCUGAUCAUCAUGUACCCGUACGGCAACUUGCGUGCUGUCGAUGCCUACUUCUUCGGUGUCAGCGCUUCCACUGAGUCGGGACUGAACACGGUUGAUGUCAAGGACCUGGAGACGUACCAGCAACUCUUCAUCUACUUCAUUCCCAUCAUCGCAAACCUGGGCUUCAUCAACAUCAUUGUUGUUGUCGUCCGGCUCCACUGGUUUGAGAGGAGACUGAAACCUCCGACGCUACUCAGAGGAGACCCUAAUAGAGGGGAGAACUCUGACCGAGAAAAGGACCCCGAGGCAGUGACGCAUGAAGCGCACGACAAGAACCCGACUUCAGUUUACGCAGCUGGCCUUGGAAGUGCAAACACUACCCAGAGCAUCGACCAAACGAGCGAUUCUGUUGGGGAUCAGAACCGUACUACCGCUAGUGUUGAUAAUGCGGCUCAAGUUGCGGCAGACACAAAGGGUAACAAUGAAGUUGCGCCCUCCCACGUCGCAUUCGCGCUAGAGCGCCACCCUCGUCAUGAAUCUAAAUCGCUGUAUGUUCCAUCGCCUAGGGAACGCGAGCAAGGUCACCCAGUCGUUGAGCUUGACGAAGUGAGGAGCGACGAUGGUACGCCGAUAUCCUCUACCUGGAUCAUGCUCGGACUAAUAUCUGUGCUCUAUUCAGAAGACGAGAUCGUCAAGGCCACCAACGCGGAGGUUGAACACGGCGGAGCAGUACGUAGGCGCAAACCGGAUGGACUGAGCAUCGUCGAAGCCACAUCUAUCGAGCGCGUCGCCUCGUCGGUGUUCGUCCUCGGUGCUACCCCUAGUCAUGAGAGGCCACGGUCUCAAUCGCGGUCCUCACAGCAACGGCAUCCGGAUAUGCCGUACCUCUCUUCCCAGGCUACUAUCGGCAGGAACUCGCAAUUCACAAAUCUGACCGCACAUGAUCGAGAGAAGCUUGGUGGCAUUGAGUAUCGCAGCUUGAAGUUGCUGCUCAAAAUUGUGCUUGCCUACUUCUUCGGUCUUCAUCUAUUCGGCGCCAUUUGUCUUGUCGGAUGGAUUCAGAAUGCUAAUCCCAAGUACCUGGACUACCUCAAGGAGUGCGGGCAGGAUAAGAACUGGUGGGCCUUCUACUCCGCCCAAACCAUGGUGGACAAUCUCGGUUUCACCCUAACUCCGGACUCUAUGAUCACCUUCCAAGACGCCACCUUCCCCAUGCUAGUCAUGUCCUUCCUGGCCUACGCCGGCAACACAUGCUACCCAUGCCUGCUGCGCUUUGUCAUCUGGGCCAUGUCGAAACUCGUGCCCAAGAACUCGUCUCUCAAAGAGCCGCUCGACUUCCUGCUCAAGCACCCGCGCCGCUGCUACACGCUGCUCUUUCCCAGCCAUCCGACGUGGAUCCUCUUCGGCAUCCUCUUCGCUCUCAACUUCGUCGACGUCCUGCUCAUCGUCGUUCUAGACUUGCACAACCCCGCCGUCAAUAAUCUCCCCGGAGGCCCACGCGUCCUCGCCGCCAUCUUCCAGGCAGCGUCAUCUAGGCACACCGGUACCUCGACGUUCAACCUUGCGGAUGUGAACCCGGCCGUCCAAUUCAGCUUGCUUGUCAUGAUGUACAUCUCCGUGUACCCCAUCGCUAUCGCGGUCCGCGCCUCGAACACCUACGAGGAGAAGGCUCUGGGCGUGUAUCUGCCCGACGUAGACUACGACGAGAACAAAGGCACGUCGUACGUCCUGCGCCAUAUGCAGAACCAGCUCAGCUUCGACUUGUGGUAUAUUUUCCUCGGCAUCUUCUGCAUUUGCGUCGCAGAAGCGGACAAGAUUGUCGACAACUCCAAUCCGGCUGUCGCCGUAUUCCCCAUCUUCUUCGAAGUCGUAUCAGCUUACGGCAACGUCGGCCUCAGUCUCGGCCACCCAUCCGUCCUCACCUCCCUAUGCGGCCAAUUCACGCCCUUCAGCAAAAUCGUCAUCUGCGCCAUGAUGAUCCGCGGCCGUCACCGCGGUCUGCCAUACCAGCUUGAUCGGGCAAUUAUGCUGCCGGGCGAUCGCACCAGUGAAGAUGGUGAGAGCGAGGGGCGAGCGAGGGCUGAUGUUGAUGCUGAUGGUGGGGAUAUGAGGGGUAUCAAGCGGUAUCAUACGAGGUAACAUGAGCGGAAAGGGGGAGUUGGGGGGCUUACUUAUUGGGAUAUAUGGGGAUAGGUGGAGAUGGAAUGGCUUGGGUGGAUGGGUAGGAUGGAGAAGAAGGGUAGAUGAACAGAAUAGAAUGAGGGUGCGGCCUCUUUGGGGCAAUACACACAGCGCUAGAUUGAGUAGAGAAGGGAGAAUGCAUGUGGAUCGCCAAUUCCAACUUGUAAAACGCUUACAGCGCCGCUUACUGGUCGAGCGACGCAGAGCGGACGCGAAGUGAAGUUAGUAGGCUGGCACCUGUGGUGCGUUCAAGUUUAACCAAAACUACGUGGAGCGAGCGCGUUAGUACAGACCACCAGACGGAGUUAAAGUUUGAAACACGGUACGGGGCCA